AUUUGGUCAAUCAAUCAGGAUUAUUAUAAAACGAAGAAAACAGGAAUUAAAGAAGACAAAAGAAGGGGUAUAAAGCAAGUCUCUGCAUCUACUCCAACUCCAGAUUGACAUUUAAAAACCUCUCUGCCUUCUUCAGCCUUUUGUGCUUCAAUAUAAUGCUCUCUGUUUUGGGAAAUUAAAACAUGAUCUUCACAAGAGAAUUACGGGUGUUGUUUCUCUCAUUACUGAUAUUAUUCUUGGUGAAUCUUCCUGUGAUCAGAAUUGAAGCAACUAAGUGCAACAUAUCGUGCGGCGACCACCUCCUUCAAUACCCAUUUGGGUUCUCUCCGGGUUGCCAAAUCCCUUUAAACUGCAGUGCAGACGGCCAGAUCCUGCUCGGCGAUUUCCCCGUGCAAUCCGUCAACGCUGAUACCAUCAAGAUCUUCAUUCAAGCCACAUGCCACCGUUCCCUCUUAGCCCUUCACCGUCUCUACGGCCCCAACUACGCACCCACCUCCCGCAACGCCAUUCUCUUGCAGAACUGCUCCUCUCCCGCGCCCUGCUUGAUACCUUCAACCAUGGUCUACACUCGCUUCGAGACCCUCUCUUGCGACGAACCCAGCGGGGCCAACAUUAGCUGUUACACGGAAGAUAAUAAGCUCAGGGGCUUUAUCGAUUUUCAAAAAGUGUUGGGCACUAACUGCCGGUCUCUCUUGUCUUCCAUAUCCGCCGAGACGUUCAAUGAGACUGAUCUCCUGGAGGUCCAGGUGGUUGAGCUCGGGUGGUGGCUUGACGGGCAAUGCGACUGUCAUAAGAACGCUAAUUGUACGGAGAUGCUUACGCCGCACGACGGACGAGUAGGAUUUCGGUGCCAGUGCCAUAAUGGGUUCGCCGGAGAUGGAUUCGCAGCCGGUUCGGGGUGCCGGAAAGUUUCUUCACAUUGUAACCCCGCAAGAUAUUUGUCUGGCCAUUGUGGAGGAACAACCAGAGUCGGUGUCUUAGUUGGAGGCGUUCUGGCCGGAGCUUUGUUGAUGGUGAGUAUGAGCUUAGUUUGCUGUUUCAUUCAAAGUCAAUGGAGCAUAAAAGCCAGCCACACCGCCAAACGCCGUCUAGCAGAAGCUGCGGGCAUCACCAUUCCCAUUUAUGCAUACAAAGAAAUGGAGAAAGCCACAAACAGCUUUUCAGAUAAGCAAAGGCUUGGAACGGGCGCUUAUGGAACAGUAUACGCAGGAAAACUAAAGAACGAUUUAUGGGUUGCCAUCAAAAGGAUGAAACACGGAGAGACCGACAGCAUGGAGCAAGUCAUGAAUGAGAUCAAGCUGCUUUCUUCGGUUAAUCACCCAAAUCUGGUUCGUCUUCUGGGUUGCUCCAUUGAAAAUGGGGAAGAAAUCCUCGUCUACGAGUUCAUGCCUAAUGGCACAUUGUAUCAGCAUUUACAAGGAGAGAAAGGUAAUGGAUUAACCUGGCCGGUUCGACUCACUAUAGCCACAGAGACUGCCCAAGCCAUAGCCUAUCUCCACUCUGCUAUUCACCCUCCUAUUUAUCACAGAGAUAUUAAGUCCACCAACAUACUCCUGGACUAUAAUUUCAGGUCCAAGGUUGCAGAUUUUGGUCUUUCAAGACUUGGUAGAACUGAAAUCUCCCAUAUCUCAACUGCCCCGCAAGGCACACCUGGGUAUCUUGAUCCUCAGUAUCACCAAAACUUCCAUCUAUCCGAUAAAAGCGAUGUUUACAGUUUCGGUGUACUACUUAUUGAGAUCAUAUCAGGACUGAAAGUGGUUGAUUUCUCCAGGCCGCACGAUGAAGUGAACUUAGCCGCUCUGGCUACCGACAGGAUUGGCAGAGGGCAGCUGAGUGAAAUUAUAGACCCUUUACUCAACCUACAAACUGAUCCUAAUUGGACACUUUGUUCAAUCCAUAAGGUAGCCGAGUUGGCUUUUAGAUGCCUAGCGUUUCAUAGGGACAUGAGACCAUCCAUGACUGAAGUUGCUCGAGAACUGGAGCAGAUCAUGGGGAGCAGAUCAUUGAGAGUACCUUCUUUAAAGAUCAAUCUUGUAAAGGCAACAGAUCAUGACAGAAAUGAGCUUAUGCUUCCGAGUACUCCUGUCGAUGGUAGCAUCAACUCACUGGAUCAUUACUCACCUGUCUCUGUUCAAGAUCCAUGGUCAAGUGAACAAAGCUCACCUUCAUCCAACAGUUUGCUUAAUAGUGUAAUUCAUUGACACCCUAAUUAUGAUCACCUUCACCUUCUUAAUACACACUUAACUGCUAAUACGAAUGUACAUCUUUUUUUUUUCUUUCUUUUUCGUUUUUGCUUUUGAUGAGACAAGUUUUGCCACUUGCUCAUACGUUUAUGCAUUUCAAGAUCAAUAUAACUACACAAUAAUGAUUUCAUCACUUCAUAUGUAUUUAUAUAACAAAUUCAUAACAAAAUAGCAUGAAUAUGC